AUGCGCAUCGUCCACGCGGUACUGCUACCUGGCAUUAUUGUAGACGUGUCCAACGGGAUUCUGCUGCACGCUGAUGCGUUCCGUGAGGAUGAGACGGGUGUGUUUGCCGGUCGCCAGCUCCGAACGGCCGCCAGUGAAGCAUUUGAAUAUGGCACUGCAACGAACCUUCGUCGGGCCCAAACAUCCGAUGGCAUGGAAUCUAGAGCUUUCAAUAAACUCGACGACCUCAUCGAAUCGCUCUACGUGGGACUAAAUCUGGACAAAACGGACAUUCGACUAAUGUUUUCGCAGCCUGGCAUCCACGACAAACUUGAAACAGCAUUUGCUGAACAACUUGCCGAAGAGGGCAGUCACGUGUAUUCCAGUAUAGCAGAAUACUUGGUAAAAACCUUCGGCGAACAUGACACCGCGCGAAUUGCCGUGACGCUCAGGUUUCGCGAAGAACCUGGUGCCCAAGCUUUAGGAAGCAGAAUUAUUAAUUACCUUCAUCCGAAAAGAAAAUAG